AAAGACAAACAUCUCAAACUAUAAACGAAAAUGUCCAAAUUGGAUUUUGCGUUAUUAACGGUCGCCUUGAUCGUAUCGGGAGUGUAUUCCGGCCGGCAUUCGUCGAAGAAGGCCUCCGACACCGCCAAGUUCCACCGCCAAUCGUUAAGCGACGAGCCGCUUAGGCAGCGUCACCAGAAAACCCCAAAUGAAAACGUAAAGAGAAUUGAAUUGCAAAACUGUACAGGAGCGAUAGGCGUUAGUACUUUGAGCCUCUUCCCCAAGGCUCAAAAAAUCACGAUCCGCGAUUCCGCAGUAGAAACAUUCGAACCGACACUAAACCUCACCGACCUAAUAGUCAUCAAAUCGAAAUUUCCGACCAUCGAGGACACCUUCGCAUUGAAGUUCUCAUCAGUCAAGAACCUGGUACUUCUCGACGACGACAACGUUACCGUUAACCCCAACUCCUUGAAGUCGUUUAGGAACCUCUCCACCCUCGUCCUGUCGAAGGUGCAACUAGCGACACUGCACGUCACCAAAGAUUGGUUCGACGGCCCUGCUACCCUUAAACAGGUAAACCUCGCAGGCAACGGAAUCCAAGAAGUCGCGGAAGAUGCUUUCGAACGAGCCACUAGCGUGGUCCGCUUAGACCUGACGAAUAACAACAUAACCUCACUAGCGGCGAAAGUUUUCGAACCGCUGAAGAAGAUCAAGGAGCUGGGCCUCUACGGGAACCCUUUGAAGAUCGAUUUGACAACGUUCGAGGUGAUGGGCGACAGCUUGAAAGUCCUAGGACUACCGUGGGAGUCGGCGAAUCAAAUAGACGCGAAGGAAUUGACCGCCAAACUGCCGAAACUGAAGAAAGUCUCUUUCGGGCGAGAAAACUUACCUCAAAACGCGGAACUGGAGGACUUUUGCGCCAAGUUGAAGGAAGCGAAGGUGCAUUGUAAAUCAGAUAAUGUCUUCAAUGUAGCACAGCUGCUCUGAAUACGCAAACGAAAGUUUUGUAAUAAAAUACGUUUAUUUUAACAAUAUGUACACAGUUUCGUAACAAAAUCACUGCACUACGACUAUAAAAUUCAUCCCCGCAAAGCGUAAAAGGUCAGCGAGUACCUGAAAUAAAGCCACCGUUUAAAAAAACCCAGAAAUAUAUGUUGCACACCGUGUAGAAGCAGAAUUCGGUUAGGAAGAUAGGCAACCCAAUAUAUAGCUCAAGUUAAAUAAUAUUUCACUGUGAAUGGGAAAAUUUCUUAAGAUUUUAGCAAAGCGUUUUUUUUAACAAGAGGUGGUGAAUACUGCGAAUGAAACAACAUUUUUUUUGUAAAUAAAAUGGAGUCUGCAUUUUGGUAGACAGUUUUUUUUGUGCGUUGGCAAUAAUAAGGAACCAAAGGAAAUUCUUUUUAUUUCUUUGGCGGUACGUUCGGUACCAGUCAUCCG